AUGAAUUGCCAAGAGUGUAAUAAAAAGAUAGACCGUGGAUGCCUAUUAAAUUGUUCCUCGUGCAAGGGUCCACACCACUUUUCCUGUAUGAAUAUUGAUUCAGCAAAAUUCAAGGAUCAUCGUCAAGAACUGAACCGGACUGUAAAAUGUGGCAAAUGCAAACGUCAUUCGUUGACAGAUACGCCUGCCUUGAACUCAACAUCUUUAAACAUUGACACAAAUGUCAAUAAAGCUAACCCAAUAUUGCAGUCUCCUAACAACCAAGAUCAUUUCGUAACAGAAAACCGUCUUCGUGACAUUCUCAGACAGGAAGUGUCACAAAUAAUUAAACAGCAAGUUGCCGAACAACUGAAGGACAUCAAAACACAGGUGAGAAGUUACCAAGAUUCCUUUGAGUUCUUCAAUAAGCAAUACGAAGAUCUCAAAAAAUCGUUGGACGAAAAAAAUGAAGUCAUAAAAUAUCUUCAAACGGACAAUCAAAAACUACAAAGUUCCGUUAAAGAUUUGACAACUAGGUUGAGCAACGUCGAACAACUCAUGCGCGAAUCUAACGUUGAAAUAAACGGGCUCCCUGAACAUCGAUCCGAAAAUCUGUCCACAACUAUUAUAAGCCUUGCUGAAGCUGUUGGAUGCUCUAUUGGAGAUGCUGAUAUUCAACAUGUUACUCGCGUGGCUAAAUUGGACAAAGAAAGUACAAGGCCCCGAGCUGUAAUAGCAAAACUACGAAGUGCUCGUCAACGUGAUACCCUCUUAGCCGCAGUCACAAAGUUCAAUAAAAAUAAAAAGGCUCAUGAAAAGCUAAACUCUGGCCAUUUCGGUGUUUCUGGAAGUGCUCCUCUUGCCCCAAUCUACGUUAGCGAACAUCUUACCCCAGCAUAUAAGUCUUUACAUGCAGCUGCUCGAACAACGACUAAAGUCUCGGGCUAUAAGUAUGUAUGGGUUCGUAACGGGCGAAUCUAUAUGAGAAAAGACGAAUCGUGCUCCUGCAUUCUAAUCCGCAGUCAUGACACUCUCAAGUCAAUUACUUAG